UAUGGUCGGGCCCGUAGCGUCCAGCUGCCCCGGACCGAGCUCGAGUGUAUGGCGCCGCAGGAACCGGCUCCGGGGCCCCGAUAACGGGCCGCCCCCGCAGCUCCAGACACGGGGUGGGGGUCUCCUCUGGUCUGAGAAUGGCUACCCCUCGAUAUGAGCCAGUGGCUGAGAUUGGUGUUGGUGCCUAUGGGACGGUGUAUAAGGCCCGUGAUCCCCACAGUGGCCACUUUGUGGCCCUCAAGAGCGUAAGAGUCCCCAAUGGAGGAGGUGCUGGAGGGGGCCUGCCCAUCAUCACAGUCCGUGAGGUGGCUUUACUGCGGCGGCUGGAGGCUUUUGAGCAUCCCAAUGUUGUGCGGCUGAUGGACGUCUGUGCCACAGCCCGAACUGACCGGGAGACCAAAGUGACCCUGGUGUUUGAGCAUGUGGACCAAGACCUAAGGACAUAUCUGGACAAGGCACCCCCGCCAGGCUUGCCAGUGGAGACCAUCAAGGAUCUGAUGCGUCAGUUUCUAAGAGGCCUAGAUUUCCUUCAUGCCAACUGCAUCGUUCAUUGAGACCUGAAGCCAGAGAACAUUCUGGUGACAAGUGGUGGGACAGUCAAGCUGGCCGACUUUGGCCUGGCCAGAAUCUACAGCUACCAGAUGGCACUUACACCUGUGGUUGUUACACUCUGGUACCGUGCUCCAGAAGUUCUUUUGCAGUCUACAUAUGCAACACCUGUGGACAUGUGGCGUGUUGGCUGUAUCUUUGCAGAGAUGUUUCGUCGAAAGCCUCUCUUCUGUGGAAACUCUGAAGCUGACCAGUUAGGCAAAAUCUUUGACCUGAUCGGACUGCCCCCAGAGGAUGACUGGCCCCGAGAUGUGUCUCUACCCCGAGGAGCCUUUUCCCCCAGAGGGCCCCGCCCUGUGCAGUCGGUGGUACCUGAGAUGGAAGAGUCUGGAGCACAGCUGCUGCUGGAGAUGCUGACUUUUAACCCACACAAGCGAAUCUCUGCCUUCCGAGCCCUGCAGCACUCUUAUCUACAUAAGGCAGAAGGUAACCCAGAGUGAGCCAUGGAAUGGUUGCAACAGAACCAAGAGAAGAGAAGGCAACAUUUCCCUUCCUUUGAACAUUUGAGUGGAGAGACCCCCACUAAGAAGGUGAUCUCUGCCUUCAUCUCUGAGGCUAUGGAGACGACUCCAACUUUUUAUAGAGAAUAUUUUGCUGCCUUAAUGACAUUCCCCUCCCACCCCUCCUUUUGAGGCUUAUCCUCUUGCCCCCUCUGUGUCCUUACACCAAGGGGUAUGUCCCUUGUUCUUCCCCUUCCCUAUACCUUGAUAUUGGGAUCCUUUUUUAUACAGGAAAAACAACAAAACAAAGAAAA